AUGACCGAGUUCCAAGGCCACAACUACACCAUCAUGCAUACAGAGUUUUACCGCGAGCGUGCACAGCCUGGACAGAUAAUCAUCGGUUCUGAUUCUCAUACCUGUAGUGCGGGCGCUGAUGGAUGUCUUGCUAUUGGCCUAGGCGCCACCGAAGUCACGAUGGCGCUCGUCACUGGCGAGAUCUGGUUCAAGGUUCCAGAGGUUGUUGAGAUUCGCCUGAUCGGCAAACCACGACGAGGUGUAGGCGGGAAGGACAUUAUCCUAUAUAUCCUGCAACAACUCAAGCGCAACACCGUUGCAGCGGACAGAGUUGUAGAGUACACUGGGCCAGGAUGUCGAUGGCUGAGCCCCGACGCACGCUUCGCUGUUGCCAACAUGACAACCGAAUUUGGUGGUAUCACAGGCAUCUUCCAUGCGGAUGAAGUGACCAAGCAGUUCAUCGAUUCCCGAAAGACGGCUCAUCACAAGACCGCUUCUUACUACUUCAAGCCGGACGAAGGUUGUUCAUACGCUGAGUCUCACAUCAUUGACAUAUCUCUGGCGCAACCAUUCGUGGCUCGAUAUCCUAGUCCCGAUGACGUUGUGCCCGUGUCAGAGGUUGCAGGCACAAAUCUCGAUGGCGUAUUCAUCGGCGCAUGCACAACGGCGGAGGAAGAUCUCAUAACGGGAGCAUUGGUCCUGCAAGCUGGUCUCGAGGCAGGAAAGCAGCCCGUUGCGGGAGGAAACCGCCGAGUGGUGCCGGGCAGCCGUCCUAUCGCGGACUACUUGCGAAAGUCUGGGCUCGCAGAGAUCUAUGAACGUGCUGGCUUCACCAUCGGUGUUCCAGGAUGCAGCUAUUGCGUGGGUAUGGGUGCGGAUAUGGCCCAGCCAGGUGAGGUCUGGUUGAGCAGCCAAAACCGCAACUUUGAAAAUCGAAUGGGGAAGGGGGUUAUUGGUAGUUUGGCUUCCGCCGCGACGGUCGCUGCGUCGUCCUUUAACAUGGUCGUGACAUCGCCGCAGGAGCUCAUCGAUCUUGUGCCAGAUGAGCGAUGGAACAGCAUCAAAGGCAAAGGCUCACUUCCCGAGGGACCUCUCACCCAACCGCUCUGGGUCGAGCCACCUGGACAAGACGCCGAGAAACAAGAGGGCGACGAAGAUGAGCAGGAAUUCAAACCGACUGACGUCGGAGUGGGAGACAAUGGGACAACAAGAUCUGGCACUAUCAAGAGCAAAGUCUUUCGACUGGGAGACUUUGUUGACACUGAUGCGCUUGCCCCGGCCCAAUAUCUCCUUACAUCAAAGAAUAACGAACAGUUAGGAAGCCACUGUCUUGAGCACACCACUCCAGAGUUCCGACAGAAGGUCAAAGAAGGUCACGAGGUGGUCGUCGCCGGCAAGGCGUUUGGGUGCGGAUCCAGCCGCCAGGAGUCUGUUCAAUCACUGCUAGGUGCUGGGGUGAAGUGUGUUAUAGCCCAGAGUUUUGCCUUCAUCUACAGCAGGAAUCAGCCAUCUUUGGGACUAUGGGGGUUCAUCAUCAAUGAUGCUCAAUUUUACGAGAAGGCAAACAUGGGAGCGAACAUCGAGAUUGAUCUGGACCGCAAUGUUGUGACAGUUGAUGGGAUGUCUUUCGAUUUCCAGCUUUCUGAGCUUGAGAAGAAGCUUACCAAGAUGGGCGGUAUGACAAAUGCAUUCAACCAAUUUGGACAGCGAAUCUACGACGUCUUGACUGGGCGAAGCUCCAAGAAUGGCAGUGUUCUCAAGGAACCUAAGGUUAAGGCCCCACAGGACGUUUUGGCUUGGUAA